UCAACCAUAAAUCUCACUAAUGCAAAUACAGAGCUAUAAGCUAACUCAUAGAGCUUGUCUCACUUUUCCAGAAUCUACAAUCCCUUCUUCUGCUUACGGAUCUAAGCAAAACAAAUAUAGCACACGUUACGAACUUUACACAGUUUUUUAAAAAUCAACAUGAGUACUUCUGAUGGUUUGUUACAAAAAAGUAAAUCAAAUUCAUCUUCUUCUGACAAAUACAAUGGUAAAUCUGACACUGUGGCUAGUGUUUUGAGUACUGUCAUGAGAAAUAUAAACUCUUCAAAGAGUUUUUCGAAAUUUCGUCCUCGAAACUUCCAAGUCCCUAACAAAGACCUUAAUCAAGGCAACAGUGCAAGUUUAACGUCAAGUAAAAUCACUCCAAUUAUAUCUGAAGGAAAAAAACAAUAUAAUGUACCUAAAAACUUUUACGAUGAUCCGAUGUAUGAAUCGCGAAAGUCUAAAAAAAAGAAACUUUUUAAUCUAGAUUCGUACAGCUGUGAAGCCACAAAGUUAAAAAAUAUGGUUGGUAAUGCUUUAAGCAACUGCAACAUUGCCGAUCUAACUCAAGAAAAAAAUAAUAAACUGGCAGAAUUAUACGUACAUACACCAAGAAAAAAAAGCAAACAGCAUCCUGAUGUUAUAAAAAACUCUUUCGACACUGAAAAUAAUAAUAAUAAUCUAUCUGCAGAAGAGGCAUUAAAUAAUAAUGGGACUGAAAUUGCUCGUGAAAAGGGCUUAAAUUACAAUGAUUCUUUUAGUUUGAAUUCUACAAAAUCAAAGAAAAAGAAACAUCCAAAUAGCGAAUUGUAUAGUAAUGAAACCUUACCAGUAAGAAAGGCACAAAACAAUGUUUCUAAUGAGCCAAAAAUAUCUGUAGAGAAGGCAAUAAAUGACAAUGUAACUGAAAAUAAUCAAGAAAAGUCUCUUAAUGACAGUGUUUCUUUUGCAUUGAAAUCAAAGAAAAAGAAACAUUCUAAUAAGGACUUACAUAUUUAUGAAAGCUUACCUGUAGAGGAGGCAUUAAAUGACAAUGUAACUGAAAAUAAUAAAGACAAGUUUCUUAAUGAUAGUGUUUCUUUUGGAUUGAAAUCAAAGAAAAAGAAACAUUCUAUUAAGGACUUACAUAUUUAUGAAAGCCUACCUGUGGAAGAAGCACUAAAUAAUGAACAUGAAACCGUUUUAGAUAAUGAUGUUCCAGUUAAGUUAGAGUCAACAAAAUCAAAGAAAAAUAAACAUUCUAAUAACCAUUUGCAGAAUUCUGAAAGUUUUGGAGAGAAUAUUUCAACCAAUAAUGAUACUAAUAGCAACUGUGUUGACGUAAUACAGCACAGAAAUAUCGAUAACAGUUCUGAUAAUUCAGUAUUAGAAUUAAAUAUUUCAGAUGAAGAUGAAGUAAGAACAGUUUCUCCCUAUCAAUCUGGAAGUUCCUCAGAAAAGCCUUCUUCUAAUAACAAAUCCAUCUAUGACCCAAUUCUUAGAGGUAGUGGUUCUGACUCAGAAGAAGAUAUUGAUGACUAUUUUUAUUUUCAAGGACGUGAUCGCUUCGUUGGUUCUUGUACAGAGAAAGAAUGGCUUAACUUUGAUAUACCUCCAUUACACGAGAAAGAGUCAGUUUCUUUACCUUCGAAAGAAAUGUUAGAUGAAUGGAAAUCUAGAAAUAUUUACAUUAAUAAAGGAAAGUGGUCACGUGAAGAGAUAUUAACCUUGAAAGAAAACUACCUAGAUUUUUGUAUGAAGUAUAGUGUAAGUGAUCCUUUUUUUCUUCUAGGCUUGGGACAAACAUAUAGAUCAAGACAAUCUGUACAGUUUGUUAAAAAUACCCGUUUUUAUGUACAAUUGGGCAAAAAUUUAAAUAACAGAACACUUCGAAGUAUUUACGUUAAAGCUAGAUAUCUUUUCGAUCCUUUUAGAAAACAAGAUCCUGCAAAGACUGAUGAAAUUGAUUACAUAAUUAAAAAACAAAGAAAAAUAGGUAACAAAUGGACUAAAAUUGGUAAAAAAUUAGAAAGAAAUGGAGAAAAUUGCAAACAGGUGCACAGAUGGAAUAAAAAAGAUAUAAAUAACGGGAAAUGGUCGAAAGAGGAAGAAAAUGCUCUAAUGCGUGCUCUAGAAAAAGUUAUAGGUUCAACUGAUUAUACAGAUUACAGUCAGGUGAAAAAGAUUCCAUGGGAUAAAGUUGCAAAGCUUGUGCCCAACAGGAACUUCUCUCAAUGUCGUCAAUUUUGGGCAAAUUAUUUAACUUGGAAAAAAGACAUUGUUAAUAGAAAAAAAUGGAGAAGGUCCAGUACGGCAAAACUAAUAUAUAUUCUUAAAAAUAACUACUAUGUGAAAGAUGAGGUAAAGCUUGACUGGGAAAAAAUUCAGAAAUCUUUUGAAAAUGUUUCACCCUCUUCUUUUUUUCUGAGAACAAAAUGGAGAUAUCUUAAAACACGUGUGCAAUCUGAUGAACAUAUAACAUAUAGAAAAAAAAUAGAUUUUUUAUAUGAUAAAUACAAGCGUAAAAUUGAACGCUUUUUGAGCGAUAAUGAUAUUGUUGGAAACUCUGCAGAUGAUGUCAUGAUUGUGGAUUCAUAAAAUUGUGAUAGUUUGUGACCGGGGGUUAAAAAAAAGUGAUAUAAUACAUUUUGGGUUGUAAUAAAUUAAUUAAAGAAAGCAUAUUGAAUAAUUAAUUUGCAUUCAGGUGGAAUAAUAAUGAUUUGAAGAGAACUUUUUCUAUGUUGACACUAUAAAAAAUUACAGGUUUAUCUGAUUGUUCAGUAUAAAUUCCAUAGAAUAAAGUUUAAAUAAAUAUUCCAUAGAAUAAAGUUUCAGAACUUGCAUCCAAUUAUAGAAUAAUUCCAUAGAAUAAAGUUAAAAAAAUAUUCCAUAGAAUAAAGUUUCAGAACUUGCGUCCAAUUAUAGAAUAAUUCCAUAGAAUAAUGUUCAAAAAAAUAUUCCAUAGAAUAAAGUUUCAGAACUUGCGUCCAAUUUUCUCAAUGUCGUCAGUUUCUGGCUGUUUAUUUAUCUUGGAAAAAAGAUUGUCGGUACAGGAAAGUUGAUCAGUGCCGCAAAACUAAUAUUUAUAAAAGUGACUAUAAUGUAAAAGAUGUAGAGAAACUUGACUGGGAAAAUUUUUUAAAAUGUUUCAUCUGCUCCUUUUUUAUCUGAGAACAAAAUGGAGAUACUUUAAAUCAUGUGUGCUAUUGGGAAAAAAAUGAAAUUUAUCGAUGCAUAAUUGAUUUUUUAUAUGAGAAUAUGAAAUAAUUUUUUGUACAAGCAAAAAAUGUUAUCAAAUGAAGUUUUUGUUAAUGAUUGUUAUUAUGUAUAUUUGUUAAUUUAAAUGUAGGUUUAGUUAAUACGUUUGAUUUUAUUACAUAAAACAAAGAUUUAGCACUUUCACAUAGCCUUCUACCUGAUUUUGUAGAUAUUUAAUGUAUUAGCUCAGUAGAGAACCGAGACUUGGUGCAGUUAACGAAGCACAAAAAAAUUUAAGAAAGUUUUAUUCAUUUAUUAUAUUUUGUUUACAUAAGCUGUUAGCUGGAGCAUAACUAUUAUUGUUUGCCUGUUGAUCGGGCUACAGCAUGGUCAGGGUUUAAGCUCAAAUAUUUUAAAAUGCUUGUAAUAAGUUACAGACCAUGUACUAAUGACAGCAAAUUUAAUUAUAAUCAAUUAGAAAAGUUUGCUUUUUUUAACUCUAAAAGAUUUUAACUCAGUUAAAUUUGAAAAACAACUGUUACCGACCAAUUAUUAAAUUAUUCUUUUAUUCUCGUGCAGAAAAAUAUAAUUAAUGUAAAUAAAUUAAAUCAAAUAUACUUAGGCCAUUGUCACAGGUCAUAAGUAGUACAUCCCUGGAAUAUUGUAUGAUACUAUUGAAAUGUAUUCUUUUUAGUGAGCAAUUUUUUAACUUUUUAUAAGAUUUAGCAAGGAGAAUAAUUUUGGAAGCAUAAAGUAAUAUCAGAAAAAAUUACGAAAUGUAAAAAUAAAAAAAAAUAUUCACAUUGUACUGUCAAUUAUUUAAAAUUUUCAAUGCAUUAUUAUUGUGAAAUAUGUCUUGGUGUCAUUUAGAUAUAGUUUAAUAAUUUUUAAAUUGUUUAGUUUCAAAUUUUUUUUCACUCUGCAAUUUUAAUUUCAUCACAAAGAAUUACUCUCGUAAUUUUAUAAGUAUAUAUUUAUUUGAAAUUAACUUUUUGUAGUACUUCAAAAUAUUUUUUUUCUAUUUUUAUAAGUGUGUUAGUAUUUUUUAUUUUUUCACACGAAAAUAAAUCUCUGCCUUUUGAAGUUUAAAAAAAAAACAACUUUGCUUCCAAAUUUAUGUUAUUACAACGAUGCAUUUGAGACAAAAUUUAUUUUUUAUUAUGCAAAAUUCAUAAUAUAUAUAUACAGAGGGGCUUUCUCUUCUGUACAAUUCAGUAAAUGUGAAUACCUGGAUAUACAAAUUUGUAAUAUUUUAUAUUAUACAAGGAUAAUUGAUAACAGUUAGAGCUGUUAUUGUGUUAUAAAAAAGUUUAUGAAAUAAUGUGCUUUAAUAAAUAAUAUUUAUUUGCUA